AUGACCAGAAGCAGUAGCUCGGGAUCUCUUUACGAUGACGUUUUCGGGGGCCCCCCAACGGGGGUCAGCUCGUCCAACAACGACUUUGGUGACCUGUUGGGAGGAUUCAAAACUUCAGGAUCUAGGCCGCUGUCCAGCCAGAACUCCUUCCCCGAUGACUUAUUGGAAGGGUAUAGUGCUUCCAAGCCACCGCAAGCAACGGCUCACGCUUCUUCGAGUUCUCUGGAUGACAUUUUCUCUGGAGGACUGCGUCAAACUCGAACGUCGGUAAUGAACCGCGACGAUGACCCGUUUAGUUCAUUCAGCAUGCCGAAGCCCGAGCCGAAGGUGGCACAAUCUCAGACGCUAUUCGACGACGAUUGGAACUUCGGUGCGUCCAAGUCCAAGCCUGCGUCGAGAGAAGCGACAUUGCAUGCUUCUAUCGACAGUGACCUGCUGGGAGAUUUUUCAACAUCUGGGAGCCGUUCGAAGGAGGCGAGGCCGUUUCGAUCUCCACAUUCUAGCCCCCCUGGAGCCAAGCAUUCCGAACCUGUGUUCGACGAGUUUCUACCAGGGUUCGAUGGCGGCGACCAGGGGAAGAGGAUUGCGGUAUCAGACGCAGACGAAAUGCGGGGCAUUCCGAUCAUAAGUACAGAUGAUGACGAUGUAUUUAGCAGCAUCCCUAGCUCCACAUCAGCUACCACGGCAGAUCCUUUCCGAGGCAUUCCCGGCGCCAGGUUUGAUGCUGAACCUGAUGCCUCUCGAAGAAUGCCCCCUGUUACACCCCUAGAUGCAGCGGACGAAAUGCGCGGAAUCCCGCCCAUGUGCUCCUCUCCGAUAGUGGAUAAUGCUCCGUUCUCCUCAGCCGCAGAGGUGGAUCCUUUCGCCAACAUCAUUGCGGAUUCUGUUCCCCCUCCUGUUGCUUCUCAGUCGGAUCCGCUGGACCCCUUCAACAUGCCCCCUGCUUCCGUUCCCUCUAAUAAUGAUGUUAGUGGGGGAUCGGGUGCUCAAUUCAGCAAUGAAGGUGAGUCGUAUGCUGCUUUCGAUGGGUUUCCACAUCUAUCGCCUGUGACCACCUCGAAGGUCAAGGAGUCGACUCCAAGCCGCUCAGGAUCCGGUUCAGACGGCAGAGAAGGAUCUCAAGGUUCGGGCACCUGGGAUGACAAGCCUUCAAGGCGGGGAUUUGGUAGCGUCCCGUACAACGUGGACCUCAACGAGGCUCCCGAAAUGGCAUCUCCUAUGUACCCGUCAGGCAAAUAUGAUAGCCGGACCGAGACGGGGUCGAACGGCUACGCACCGAAGUUCGAUACCGAGCCGAAGUUCGACGAACCGUCCGUGCCGGGAGACGAACGCAGCAACAGCAGCAGGCACGAUACUGACAAAGUGCCUAAAGACAUUUUUGAAGAGAAAUGGUUGACUGUCGAUGAUUUGAAACUGGUGACGGCGCCUUCCGCGACGCGACCCCCUUCACGUGCUCCUCCAAGGCCUGGAUUCGACAAGAGCAGAAGUUCCAGGAGUGCUGCUAGCCAGAGGGGCAGUGUCGGCGAGGGAAGCUGGGGAAGAUCCGAUGAGGUGCCAGCGUACAGGGGCAGCAGGUCUAAUGGGCCGGAUGCCUCGAAGGGGGACGAAUUGAAGAGAGAAAAGGCAGCUGCCAGAGGACGAGAAGCGGCCUUGGUGCUGAAGGAACGAGAGGCUGCAGAGCGGGAAAUGGCGGCGAGGCAGAAAGAUAGAGCCGCGAGGCAGAAAGAGAGAGCAGAGAGACAGAGGGAGAGGGAAAGACAGAUGGACUGGCUGAGAGAACAGGAGACGCUGAGGAAUGCCGAGCAUGUGGGGGAGAGGGUCGACACCAGGAACGAAGCGGCGAAUGCUCGAGAUGAUGAGGCUGCAGAAAGGACGAGAAAGGCGGCAGAGAGAGCUGCCAAGGAAGCGCAGCACAGGAUGGAGAAGGCGGCUGCCGAGAGGGCGAUCGCCGAAGCUAGAGUGCGAGCAGAGAAGGCCACAUUGCAGAGGGCGGCAGCAGCUCGCGACCAGGAGCAACGAGAGAAGGAGCAGAAGGAGAUUCAUCUGAAUAUAUAUUAUAUAAUAUUUAUAUAA